AUGCUGAAGGAUCAAUUCUUUGAGAUUGACCAGAAGCUGGCUAAGUUAGAGAAGAUCGUGUGUUCGUUAAGUAAGAAGAACCCAGUUGUCAAAAGAACAUGGUUUGCGAAGGGAGUUUCUCUACUGCUUUUGGUUGUACUGGUCAUCGUGACGUGCUGGAAAAACAUAAGGGGAUUUCAAGAGCAGUGUCUGAACCGGAGAUGGGCUUCGCAGGUACAAUAG